AUGGACGUUGAUGAGUUUGCAAGCUUUGCAAGUAUGCUAGACAAGCCAGAUGCGGAUGAGUCUUUCUGUUCUGUGCCUGAUCAGGGUGUUGCUCAUUUGCCACAGGACGACUUAUCCAACGGCCCGGACCUUGGAAAUGCGCUUGAUUCGGAAUCAAUGCAGUCAUGUCCUGACACUUCAGAGUAUCGUGAUGGACAAUCACAUCAUGCAGCACAGUCGGAUAUACCUUUUUCCAGAGCAGAUGUCAACAAGGCUCUUUUCGAGGCAAGACUGCAGAAUUUAUCUGACACCGAACUGAAGUAUCCUUGGGAGUCAGGUGUCAUGGGGAACAAUUUUUCUGGAUCAAGUGAUACUUUGUCUUUACCUGGACUGCCUGCGGAAUAUUUGAGUGUUUCAGAACAUGUUCAAUCGCUGGCAGCCACUGGUGGAGUUGCAGAUGCUGCGCAAAAGGUUGUGAGUCGGGACCUUGACAUGCCGUUAUAUUCUUUUGCUGUCAAGGUCAGGCCGGACAAAGACAUUUUCGCACAGUUGGAGGUUUUGUGGACGAGAGCCAUAGACAAAUGGUUACAAGUCUUUGAGGUGCUUGGUUUUCCUGGUGAGUUAGGAGCGGCUUUGGAAAACGAAUUUCAUUUUGCGGAUCCUGCUGAGCAUGGUCUGGUCCUGAGAGAUGCUUUGGGGGUGAAAUCUCCACGCGCAGCUAUUAAAAGAGGUUUGGCUUUGCUGCAGUACUUCAAGUGGCUUCAAGAUACAUGCGCUGUUUGGGAUCCCUGGAAUCGUGUGCAGUGUUUGGCUUAUUUGAGUUCUUCAGAUGCGAGAACACCUUCAGCGAGCCUGGGUAUCUCUUUCUUGGAAGCGCUCAGAUUUGCUAGGUAUGUGAUGCAGAUUCCAAUACAUGAUACAUUGCUGUCAGACCCGCAACUGAAAGGUCGAGCUCAGAGGCUUUUGCUGACCAAGGAUGCAUAUUGCCCCGCAAGACCUUUGAAGGCGCAGGAGGUCGCUCUGUUGGAGAGGAUGAUGCUUUCCAAGCUGGAUACUAUUGAUUUGUACAUGCUUGGGUCGGUGUUGUUUGCUAUUUUCUCCAGAUCUAGGUGGUCUGACCUGCAACAUAUGCAUCGCCUUUGGCUGGAUCGGAAUGAGUUUGAGGGUCAAUUUUUUGGCUUCAUUGAAACGGAGACCGCUUUCCACAAGACAGCAACCUCACUGAAGAAGAAGAUGCGAUUUAUUCCAGUUGUAUGUCCAAUCCAGGGCAUCACAGAGGUUGACUGGACUCCCAUUUGGUUGGGUACAUUCGAGGAGUUGAAGGUUGAUCGAAAUGCGAUUCCUUUUGGACCACUAUGCAGAGCUCCGGGAACAGAUGGACUCCUUUGUAAGAGGAGUUGCACUUCAGAUGAGAUUUCUGCUUUCAUCAACAAAGUUUUGAAGACGGCGGAAUCGGAUAGAUUGACAUCACACAGUUUCAAGCAUACAACAUUGAGCUGGUCCGCAUCUUAUGGCAUUGAUGAACCAGCGCGUACGCUACUUGGACACCAUGAGCUGCAGGGCUCUAAAUCGAUGUCGGUGUACUCACGGGACAUGCUGACUCGUCCCUUGCAAUUGUACUGCAGCAUGCUGGUCAACAUUCGCGGCGACCAUUUUCGUCCUGAUGAGUCCCGCACCUCGAGAAUGAUUGACUUGAUGAAGAUUCAGAGAAACGAAACCAUUGGAGUCGAUACUGACGUACAUGGGCCUCAGGUUUCAACUAAGCGAGCUCCCGAGCUGGAACCCGACAUUGAGGCGGUACCGACGUCUCCAUUGGGCGAUGCUGAAUUGUCUGAGGCUGCGGACAAGAGGUCGCAUAAUGCAGAGAGUGCCGAGGACAGCGAUUCUUUAGCUUCCACGAGUUCGAGCAGUUCAGAGGCAGAGGAGUGUGGGUUAUCGGAGCCUUGGGUCUCAUCGUUGAAGCACAACGGUGUGGCCACCUUCGCAAAGCUGAGUUUUGCAAUUACGAGUCCGGGUACGGUGGCAAGUGAUGAUCAAGUGACACGCUUCAUGGGUAGUUUGAGGCCCGGAGUUGUGGCCACGAUAGCAGAUCUUUCAGCCUUCAAGAGGAUCUUAUUUGAAUCACAAACCCUUAUGAUUCACAGGUUCAAGUCUGCGGCCAAGGGCGAUGACUUGACUCCCAAAAGAAUGCCUGCGCCCGAACGUGAUGCCAGGCUGGCGUUGCAACGUCAGCAUUUGAGGGGCCUGGAUAUCUCAGGUCCUUUGGAACCAGCGCAUAGCCUUUAUGACAUGUGUGCUCAGAUGGUGGAGCGCAAUGAGGUUGCGUACAUCAGUCCUUCCAAGUGUUUGUCUCGGCAGCAGGAGUUGAUGGGAGCAAAGCCUGAAAAGGAGCUGCAGUUGGAUGCUUCCAAGACCGGCCUGAUCAUCAAGGAACAGCCCAUCACACAGGAGAUUAGUUUGACAUCGGAUCUAGCUCUUUUUCAAGCCAUGCAGCGUAGAGCCCUGGCCAUGGACCUUGCCAACUUGGCCACCUAUGAGGUCAUGAAGAAAUGGGUUGAUCGGAUGUUUGCGAUUUUUUCUCAGCCAGCCGCCCCAGGUUUUUCGAAAGUCUCUCAAGCACAGCUUCUACGUGCAGACCGACAGGCCUUUGUGCGAUUGAGUGAAACUUUCACUGGGUCAUUGAAGGUCAUGCCCAUGGCGGGCAAACCCUUGGACCCAAUGAUUGAGAAGCUGGAGAACGACGUUUCGGUGACCUAUUUCAUGUUGCCAGUUCCUGUUCAGUCCAACUCUAGCAAUGCGAGCGAUUCAAACAAGACCGACAAGAAGCGUCAGGCAGAGGCAAGUUCAGAGAAGCCUCAGCCGAACAAAUUCACAAAGAAUACGAAGGGGAAAGGCAAAGGGAAAAACAAAAAGCGAGAGCCGGUGCCAGCAGGCCUUAAGGGCAUGCAUUCACGCACCCCACAAGGUGAUCAGAUUUGCUUUGGCUACAACUUGGGUACUUGCAAACAGGGUUCCGCCUGCACCCGCAAGCAUGUCUGCGCAGCGCUGGGCGAUGUGGAUUCUGGGGUUGCAGUGACGGGGGGAGCACAUUUGGUUUGCAACAGAGGUAUUUGUGCAUGCAAGGAACCACAUCUUAAAUUGGAACGGUUGGAAAUUGUGGGUGACUGCAACGACUUUGUUUUUGGCGUGCGUUGGUCUCCUGAGCAAUUUCUUGAGCAAGCGGUGCUCGUGGGGCAUCCCUUCCGUGAGUUUUCUGGGCUGCUUCCUGAAGUCAAGUUGGCGUGCGAGAAACUGACUAGCUGGAGCCAUGAGGACUUGGUCAACUGGAGGUGCAAGAAGUUGGGUGAGUGGUUGCGUCUUGCUAAAUCCUUGCAAGGUGAGGAAAGGGCCCUGAAGGACAGGAUGCCUGAGGCCAGGCGUCGUAUUUUGGAAAGAAAGCGCGUGGCUUUGAUGAGGCACCUCAUUCGGCAAGAAGGAUAUGAUGAUCACACCCUUGCAGAUGACAUCGAGUUCGGCUUUAGCCUUGUAGGAGAUUGUCCAAAAUCAUCGGUUUUGCCCUCAAAGCUGGUUCCAGCCACGAUAUCGGAAGAUGACCUGCGCAGGCACUCCGCCAAAGCCAGCAAAGCUCUACGCUAUAUGACAAGGAGCAGUGGCGAUGUGGAGUUGGACGCGGGCCUUUGGACCAAGACGAUGACUGAGGUCGAGAAGGGUUGGCUCAUAGGUCCCAUUCCGUGGGAGACACUGCCUGUUGGUGCUGCCGUGUCCCGGAGGUUCCCCCUUUCUCAAGCUGGAAAGGUUAGGCCGAUUGAUGACUUGAGCCAAAGUCAGGUCAACUCCACAGUGAAUACAUUUGAGCAGGCUACAGUGGAUGGCCCGGAUGUAAUUUGCAGUCUUGCUACCUAUCUGAUGAGAUGCCUGGUGGAUCAGGGACGGUCGUCCUGCCUGAAAGGGCGGUCCUUAGACCUCGCUUCGGCGCAUCGACAGCUUGCAAUUGCAGAUGAGUCAUUGCAACAUUCGUUCCUGUCUGUGUACGACCCGGAAAGUGGUUCAGCCAAGCUUUUUCAGCAGGUAGCAUUGCCUUUUGGUUCGAGAUCGGCCGUCAACGCCUUCAUAAGAUGCGCCAGAUUUCUGCAGUGGAUAGCAGCGAAAGUGUUCAUCCUGCCUUUGACCUGCUACUUUGACGACUUCGUUGCUUUUUCCAUGCCGAGCUUGUGCAACAAUAGUCAAUCUACCCUGUGCUUGAUGCUCGACAUUCUAGGUUGGCGAUUUGAUCGUGAGGGUCCGAAGAGUGAUGAUUUUUCGGAAAGCGUGUCGGCUUUGGGUGUCCUUUUCGACCUCACUGAGUCAGAACGCGGGAUACUCAGGGUUUGCAACACGACCAAACGAAUCAAUGACACAACUUUGAUUCUGGACGAUGUGCUGUCCAACGGGAGGUUGGUAAAGAAGGAUGCGCUGUCUUUACGAGGAAAGUUGGCGUUUUGCGAUGCUUUCAUUUUCGGGCGAGUUGGCAAGCUGGCUCUUCAAGAUAUCACGAAACAUGCGUAUGCUAAUCCUUUCGUUUCCCAACUUUCUGAAAGACUGGUUGAGUCUUUGCGUCGCUUGCGGGGUAGGCUGGUUUCUGGUUCACCAAGAGUUUUGACCUGUAAGAUGCUUGAGACAUUUUUCCUGUUUACGGAUGCGAGUUUCUGCAGAAGUAGUGGUGGUGGCUUUGGCGCCUUCCUGGCUGCCCCGGACGGCACUGUGAUUUCCUGGUUUGGCAUUCACGUCGAAGCCGAGCGUUUUGCAAGGUGGUUUGAGCAUGGAAGACAAAACCUCAUCGGGGAAUUUGAGACCCUUGUUGUCGACAUCGCCCUGAGACUCUGGGGGCGACUGAUUGCAUCUUCCCAACUCAUGGUUUACAUUGAUAACGAGGGUGCUAAAUUUGCCUUGAUACGUGGCUACUCCGAUUCUCCUGCAAUUUCGUCUAUCUGCCAACUGGUUGCCCUGCAUUUGGAUGAAUUCUACAUCCUUCCGUGGUACAGCCGUGUACCCUCAGUGUCGAACCUAGCUGAUUGCCCUUCCCGAAAGAUCCAACACCGUCUCUUGGAGGAAUCCGCCAGUGUUCCCGAAGGGGAAGUUGCAUCACUCCUUGAGGAAAGCCUUUGUUCAGUGGAAAGCCACAUUUGCGAGGGUGGGGUCCGUGGCUGA